UGUUUUGGCAACACCGAUGCGCGUGGAGCGUCCAUCCACCUCCAGUCUCCUUUACGCACCGAUUAUGCGGGCAGGUACAGGGACUCUAAUUGCUCCGCGUUCAGCCGCUGCACUGCGCUUUUAAUCCGCACCAAACGGACUAAUAUGAAAGAAGUGGAUGUAGAAGUGUGAGAGAUCAUCAGAGAGGAGGCAGGCGCGUUUUCUGGUGGAUCCUUCUGCUGCUUUUUCUCUUCCCCCCUCUUUUUUUUAUACUCGCCUCCCUUUCCUUCUCUCUCGCUCUCCGCUGAAGCGUCAGCAUGGAUGUCUUGGCGAACCACAGCAUCUUUCAGGAACUUCAGCUCGUCCAUGACACCGGCUACUUCUCAGCCAUGCCAUCUCUGGAGGAGAACUGGCAGCAGACCUGCCUAGAGUUGGAGCGUUAUCUGCAGACUGAGCCCAAACGUCUAUCAGAGCUCUUUGAUCAGGACCUCGACGGCCUCCUCACGCCCGCCUACUUGAAAGAGGACGGCGAAGAAGACCUCUCCGAGGCCUUGCUCCCUAGUCUCCCUGAACCUCCGAGCCCUCCCUCGGUGACCAUGUGUCCAAUGAGACUGAACUUAGCUGUGACAAAAGACCUCAAGCCUAAAGGGCAGGGUCCAGAAAAUUCGGAAGGAACAGAAGGGGUCCACCAGGCUCAGCUGAGCGCCGUCACCUCUCUAACUCCCCCGUCUUCUCCGGAGUUGGGCCGACACCUUAACAAACCCAGCCAGACGCUUACAGCCUCCGCAGAUGGGACACUUACCCUGAAGCUAGUGGCCAGGAAGGUGGGUCUCAGUGCAGCUCGGCUAGUGGCCGGGCACACGCUUCCAGUCCAGGUGAAGGAUGAAGAGGAAGGGGCAGCGUGCCUGAUUAGCGCCGGGGAACUACCGGACAACAAGAAGAGGAUCCACCGCUGCCAGUUUAAUGGCUGCAGAAAGGUGUACACCAAGAGUUCCCACCUUAAAGCCCACCAGAGGACACACACAGGUGAGAAGCCGUACAAGUGCUCAUGGGAGGGAUGCGAGUGGCGAUUUGCCAGGAGCGACGAGCUGACAAGGCACUAUCGCAAACACACCGGUGCCAAGCCUUUUAAGUGCAACCACUGUGACAGGUGCUUCUCCCGGUCGGAUCACUUGGCGCUGCAUAUGAAGAGGCACAUCUGAGGAGCCUAAGAGGUCAAAGGAAGUGGAAGGACUGGGAAGUGAACGAAAGAGAUGGGGCUAAUGACAGCUAAAAAAGAACAAAACGAAGAUGGAGAGAGAUGGAUGAUUGACACCAACACACCAAAUUGAAUCAGAGGGGGGAUAAAUGGGGGUAGGGCAUCUGACCAUAUGCAGAAUCCAACUUAUCCACAGUGGCUUUUGUCAUUCCAACCUCAAACCUUUUGGUCCAAACAUACAGAAUAAUUUAACGCCAUUUGGAAAACCAUUUAAGUCCUAGAAGAUACAUUUCCCACUCUUUUUAUGUGUCUUCUAGGGGAAGUUGGAUGAAUUGUGCUUAUCAUUGGCAGCUUUUUUGUCAUGUCAUGACAUGUCCCUCAUUGACAACCUUCCAAAACAGCUUUGUUCCGCAAGGCAUUUGUACAGUCACGCUUUUUCAACAUUUCUACUCUUCAGAAAAAAAUCUACGGAUUUAGAGAUGACCUAAUUUUCAACAAAACCUGCCUUUAUUUUGUCAAACCUGCCUCACCCUUUUGAAUCACCUUUAGGUUUAUCAUCUGACCAAGUGGGCAAAUUCCAAAUGGAUGCAUUCACAAAUCUUUCUGCUCUGAUACCAUUGAAGCAUUGGCCUCAGUUUCUUUGGAGUCCUCAAAGACUUGACUUGUAAGCAGGAUGGUGUUGCACCAAUGAGCGGUCCCGUUGUUGCACUGACUUUACCCCCAAGAUCAACAUCUACUGAAAGGAACGUAUCUACUCUGGGAAUGUCAGAUGAAACUGAGCAUCUCGAGAGAUGUAGGCAGCUUUAUAGGAGUGUUUCCUUCUCAAGAUCUUAUCGAUUGUUGUCAAAAAUGGUUGCACAAUUGACUUUCAAAUUUUUUGUAAAAAAAAAUCUAAAUAAAAUGUUCCAGCGUUGAAAGGAAACGCUCCCUUUUUAUGUGCCACCUGAGCACAAGUUUAAGCAGCUUGCCCACUGCUAUAGCACACCGAACACAAACAAGAUCACCGUGUAUUUAAAGGUUAUAUUGUUUCUAAGAAGAUCCUGUUACUUGUUCGAAAAGAGACAAUUUUGAAUAGACACCUUGCGAAGAACUCACAGGAAAUUGAUGCAGCUAAAAAAAGGAAAGAAAAGACGAAUGCCUGAAAUGAUCUCUUUGGGCUUUGAGAGUGAUUGGCACCAAACUAAUCGCUGGACUGAGACAGUACUGCACAAAGCACACAUUCCUGCAGAAUUCUUCCAAUUAAGCAUCUCUCUGACUUGACUUCGAGUAACAAAAAAAAAAGCAUUGGACAGCUCUUUGAAUCUGGACACAUGUAUAGCAAGAACAUUUCUGCUGACUUCCUGACCAGCAUGUAUGUCAGAAUUCUGAUAUUUUCCCCUACUAGACGGACUCUUAGGAAGGCACAUUCAAUCAAUCAAUUGAGUCCUGUCAGAGAAAAAUCAAUGUGAAUGUAUUUGUUACAAUCCUGUCCAUUUAACUAAACCCAUGAAAACACUGGGGAAUGGUGGGUAAGACCAUAUUACCAUUUUUUCUUUUCUUUUUCACAGUAGGGAAGAAUAACUGGACUUGAGUAAAAAAAAUGGCUGGUCACAGCUAGUAGCUUUUGAUAUUUUACUGGCUUUCUUGGACUAGCAUGAGUGCUGAUUUCCAGUGGGUGGCUCAAAUGGGUUAGAAAAAGGUGGUUAUGCUCAGUCAGCAAUGAUAACUGCCCCAUCAGCUUAUGUAACUGCAGCACAAUGAAAGCCACACGCACAAGGGUACAAACAUUCAAUCCAGAUAAAAAUGGAAUUUACAUUAAUCUUGUGUAACCAGACCUACGUCAUGAUGACCAGAAACUACUCAUCGAUGUCUUAAUUUCACAGAUUGCAUUUGAGAUGAACAGCAAAUUGCACACAAGCAGCUUGGGUAUCAAUUUGUCAGCAACUGUUUUGCUACUUAUCCCCAGAGUAAAAUGUCUUCUUAUGAGUUUUAAAGCUUCAGAUUUAGGACUUGGUGGAGUAGAGCUAGAAUUUGGCUAAGGCUACAUCUACAUGAAGGUGAAGACAGGAUCUGCACAGCAAAGAUGGAACAAAAAACAAUUAAUAGAUGUUAUAAUAAAUAUGCCAGGUUAGUGAAGCAGAUGAUAACCAUAAAAUCACCAUAAAAUCACCUAGUUUAAAAAGAGCAAGGCAAAAUAAAAAACUGUUCACCCAAUUAGCCUUAGAGCUAACUUGAACAUAUUCCAGAGCUUUUAAUUUAGCUAGGAUCAAAUCAAGUACCGCUUGCCACUUUUGUAGACUGUUCAGCAGGGAUGGUUGCUAGCGCCUGUCCUAAAAGUUGCUGGAAUGACGUCAUCACCUAAUUUCCAUAUUCGGUUAAUGCUUUGAUUCAGUCAUAGGAGAGAGGGGGGAAAAAUCGGCAAGACAGAAAAUUAUUAAAAACGCUCUUAAUACAUUUAAAACGUAAAUAUUUGACUCUAUAAAAUGCCUGAACCAAAACUAUGGAUGUCAAUCUUUUUAUGCUAUGAUAUUAAUUUAAUAGGAGACACAAUGAAGGAGGCUGUAUAUGAAUUAAAUGCUGGUAGGAAUCUAUUUAAGUGCAAUCACUUUAAAGAUAUAUUACAUUAAAUAUGUUUAGAACAAGCUUCAGGGGGAUCAAAGGAAGCUUUGUUCAUUUGUGACUGAUUUUCAAUAGAAGAACAGCGGGGAGUAGGUCUCGUUUCAUGUCAGUGCUUUGGAGAAGGGAGGGUCUCACAGCAGCUCUCACUGCCUGCUGAAGACAGUCAACUCAGAGCGAUUGGUGCUUUUAUAUUAUCGCUUCAGUCUUCAACAACACAGCAACAAGUCCCUAGGUUUGUGGCCAGCCAAAACAAAUAGUAGAAGUGUCUGAAAAGUCGCCAAGUUUAAAGACUCUGUCUUCAAAGCUACUUAGCAAGCUAGGUAUUAUAAUGUAUGCAAUUGCCCUGACUAAUUAGCAUGCUUAAAGUAACAGCGACAUUGUGAUAUCCAUGAUGGUUAACCAUACAUUUACUUUUAUCCACAGUUCAUUAUCUUUUCAUAAAGCUAGCAUGCUAAUAAAUACCCACAGCUAAUAUGCAUGAGAACUGUUUCUGGCCUAAUGUCUGCAGGUUAAUAGGUCACAGUAGUAUCAGCAACCUAAGAUACAGUUCAUUAGCUCUGUUGAAGAUUCUCAGUCAUCCAGGUCAUAGCCAUUCCUAAAAAGUAAAAAAAAAACAAUCCACUGGACUUGGUUUCCAAGUUUGAAGACGUUUCGCUUUACAUCAAGGCAGCUUUGUCAAUUCACAGAGGCAUGGCUAAACCAAGAAGAGCUACCUCCUCCAACAAGACUCUGCUGUGCACCUGCAGCUUAAGGACAUGGGACACUCAUUUGAGGACCAGAAUGUUCACAUUUUGGACAAAGAAGACUGGUGCUUUAAAAGGGGUGUGAAGGAAGCCAUUUAUCUUAAGACCUUAAGAUCUUAAGACCAACCUUAGAGAAAAAACUACAAUGCAGCGAUAGAGUUGAUUCCUUCCCGCUAUCAUAUCAACCCCCAAUCCCCAUGCAGGGGACAAAACAACUCACCUGGGCAGUCAAGCUAACAAUUGCCCCUAACAACCCCCCUUUCCGAGGCAUAAACCAGUAUAUGGUAUUGCUGGCUGAAAAUAACCCAAAAGGACUCCCCAUUCCUAAGGGGCGGACAUGUUCUUCUGUUUCAGUUUGCAUGCUUUAUGAGCCAAAACAAGUUUUUGGGCUUCUAUAUAAAGCUUCGAACUGAACACUAAUUCAUUUUGAAUUGAGAAAGCUUCCUGGAUGGAAAGUGAAACAUUCAACCUUGGAAACCAAGUCCAGUGGAUUAUUUAUAACUUUUUUGGAAAGUUUACUAGUGUCUUAUAAGAAAAGCCAUUAUGCUGUUGACCACUGAUAAUUAUUGAUCUGCACUAUUAUAUAUUGGUACCAACGUCACCAACAACAGCAAAAAGUUCCUAGAUUUGUCGCUAAUUGCUUUUUUUGGAAGGAAAAUUGCAAGAGGGGUCUAAAAAGUUGCUAAAUAUAGCCACAAAGUUGCUAAAUUUUCAUCGGUUGGUAGCCAUAAGGUUAUCCCAAUGUUCAAAGUUUAUUAAAAAGCUCAGUAUUGUUAUCUUCAAAAUGCCGCGACUAACUGGCAUCCUUAAAGUAACAGUAAAUACGUAAUUUUCAUGAUAGCUAACUUUAAUUUUACCAUUAGCCAAAGUGGAUUAUUACGUUAUUAAUAAAGCUAGCAUGCUAAUUACUCGCAGCUCAGGAGCAUGACAGUUGUUACCAGCCUGUGUUUGCAGGUUAGUAGUAAACAAGAGUAGUAUUUGCAUACUAAUAUACAGUUCAUUUUUGUUUUAACAGGAAAGCUAGCAUGCUAUUGACCACAUGUAAUUAGCGAUCAGUGAUUUCACGUUGUCAAAUUCUCCAACAACACGAUUUUAAAGUCACUAUUUUUGCCAUUAGUCUCUUUUUUUAAUAGAAACGUUGCUAAAGCAAUCACUAGCUAAGUACGGCAUAACUUAAUUUCCACAACCAUAAAACUGAAAACAUUUUACUCUGGAGAUUCAGAUUACCACAAAAGAGAUCUUUAUUUUUCUAAAUAAUUUAAAUUUUAAAGGCCAUCUGAGCUGCAUUUUCUUGAUCAUAUGUGCAAAACGAUGACUAAUCAAAUAAAGCAAAAGUAAUAAUGACAAAAUUUGGUCGAAAAAACAUUUGCUGUUGUGUAAUUUUCUCUGACUGCACAUGAAAUAGGUAACAAGGAACAGCAGUUUCUCCUUUUUUAAGGCGACUGCUUACUAUUGAUGGCAGCUCUAUGUGUGUGUUUCAGUAUUUAAGUUCGAUACUGUUCUGUUGAAUGAAUCUGUGUGUUUUAUGUAAGCUGGAGACUGUUCUACAUCAAUUGAAAUCAUUUGAGUGUUUUGGAAUUUUAAUGGGUAUAUUUCGGUUGACUUACCCUUAAACUUUUCUAAAUUAGCCAAUCUUAAAUGAUAAUCAGCCUCCUCUUGGAGUGCUGACAAACAAAAUUAUUCUCCAAGUGUUUGGAAAACUGGAACCUUGAAAUGUGAAUGUGUUUUCUGCAUAAAAAUAAAGAAAAAAAAAUGUUUUUAUGCUGUCUCUGAGGAUGCGGUUACGUUCAGUGUCACCUUAAUGAAUGAUUCAGUUCUCCCGUGCCUGUGUGUUAUUCGUCUCUUUGUGUUUUGCACUUGUUUUUUUUUCUUUUGAGAAAGAAAAUCUAACUACAUAUCUGAUGUUUUUUUUUUUACAUGUCUACAAUCUUACAACUAUCCUCUCUAUCAUGAUCACUAAGUCUGUACAGUAGCUUUUUUUUAGCACAAUUUCGACACACCGACGCAGAUAUUCUGCAACACUUUUCACAGAUACUUAUAGAGGCACAUUCUGCUCGUUUCUUUUUUGUUUUUUUGAGCCUGUUUUCCUUUUCAUGUGAGGCUGCAGCUCUAGCUCUUUUAGAAAAAUAUGCUAGGGUUACAUGCAUUACUAUGUGUGACACCACCUCCGUUUCCACAAGGUCUGAAUUUUAAAUCAAACGCACCUCCCCUUUUUCUACCAGCAUACUCUCAUCACUUUCCCUUCUCUUCCUUUUUUUUCCCAAUAAGAACCCUUUCUCCCUUGCUAUUGUCCUUCUGUUUUUGUUUCUCUGUACAAAGUGUUUCAAAUUUAUCAUUUGUAUAUUAUGACGUAUGGGUACGAUAAUGUUCUUUAUUAUGGAAAAAUGAGAAAGAUUUAUUUUUGUUACUGGUUUGUUUCAUAAUUCCUUUUUUAAAUUGGUAUUGUAAUAUCUCUAUGCAAGCAAACUGUUCGGUGAAUCGUUUUUAUUUAAGAAUGUAAUUAUGUGUAAUAAAUGGUAGAAGCAG